AUGGCCCUUGGUUACUGCAAAACUCUGCUCCAUAUAAAGCGUAGUCUCUUCCCAAAUUGUCAAGGCAGUCUCUCUAUGGAAAUUCUUAUGGCUAGCACCAGUCCCAGUGCCGCCACUGUUAGCCUGAAGCUGAUGAUAGACCCAAAAUCCAACAGGCUUUUGUUUGCGGAAGCAGGCAAAGAUUUCGUUGAUUUUCUCUUCUACAUCAUGUCAUUACCUGUCGGCACUGUGACAAGGCUACUCGGUAAACAAGCAACGGUGGGGUGCAUCGGAAACAUUUACGGCAGCAUCGAAAAUUUGGACGAUUCCUACUUUCUGUCAGCCCCAGAAAAGGAUAUGCUUUUGAGGCCAAUGUUGACAAACUAUGCUGCAAAUGUAGCCUUCUUGCUGCCAAGCAUGCAAUCCUCAACACACACGAAUCUCUACAAGUGUGCCAGCCGCCGUUGCAUGAAUGUGACAUUUGAAUAUAAUUCCCGCUGUCUUUCCAACAGUACUCAUGGUAGUAUGUACCAAAAACUAACGUUUGUGAACCCGACAAACGGAGUUCCGUACUCAGGUGGCGAUGCCGAUGGAGGUUUUGUCAAGGGAGGAGUAGCUUACAUGAUAAUGGAUGAUCUGACAGUCACGUCUGUGUCUGGUACAACGAUUAUCACUUUGCUCAAAGAGUUCAACGUUAAGGAUGUGAGUGAUCUUGAAGAGAAAGUCAUUGCUGUAGGAGUUAACGAGGGAGUGGAAUUGCUUAAGGCAUCGAUGCAGACCAAGACUGUGCUUUCUUCUGUUUUCCUUGUGAAGAAGGAAUCAUCUGUGAAGUCUGAACCACUUCAUUGA